AUGCGACCGCGAUAUUGGCCUGAGCUGGAUGAGAUCCGUGAAAUAGCUUCAUCAUGGCAGCAAUUCGCUCGACUUAGGAAAAAUCUCUUAGAAUCCAGCCGUAGGGUACCACCUGCUCCCACAUACUCGGACAAUGUACCUGAGAAUAGAUAUGAUUUUGAAGUUUUCCUACCAGAUCAAUAUCGCCACAGCAAACCUCCACGACCGGUUUUUCGAGUAAACUGUGUCGACUCACGCUACGGUUCUAUGAGCUGUUCGAUAGUCAACCAAUUCUCCGGUGACAUUCCGUUAAUCCUCUCCAUUUUUGAUUGUGGUCAUGUGUGCUUUAUCGAAGUCAGUGGUGAACCCAUAGAUCUCAAUCAGUAUUUGAGGGGACUUGUAGAAAAGUUUGAAAAGCUCUGA